AUGGAUCCUGUGACGGCCAUUGGCCUUCUCUCCAACAUCAUAGGCUUUAUUGAUCUCGGGUGGAACUUAUUCAGAGAUGCACGAGAAGUUUACAAAUCAGCCUCGGGACUCACUGAGAGUGCGCUCGCGCACAAGUUAAUGGCAGAGAGAAUGGAAAAGUUUUCGAACAAUCUUAUCACCUCUAAUAAGGUCCUCUUAACUUCCAAAGAAGAUAAGGUCAUCGUUGAACUUGCAUGCAAUUGCAGGAAGUUGGCGCAGGAAAUAAUCCAUCACUUAGAUAAGACGAAACCUCAGGAUUCGAAAUCAUUACUUUAUGCCGUGUCCAGUUCAUUCAGAACGGUUGUGCAUUACAAGAAGAGGAAAGAACUUCGAGAACAACUGGCCGAGUGCCAACAACAAUUGCACCUACACCUGGUUAAGACCACAAGAUCUUUAACAGCGUUAAAGACCACCUCCGAGAGCAACGAUAAGCGGAUGGCACAGCUGCAAGAUCACGUCAGAGCACUUCGUCAAAUGGUGGACGAAUCAUCAUUUCCGGAUGCUCUAUUUAAGCUGAGGAAUCUUCUGAACAUCUCAGAAGAUACUUAUAAUACCAUGCUCAGUCACAAGGUCGUCUCGACUCUUAAGACUCUUAAGUUUGGAGACAUGAAUACAAGAUUUGAUAGCGUUCCUCAGGCGCUCAUGGGCACCUAUCAAUGA